UGGGUGGUGAAAACGCAGGCUGGGAGGAGGGGAGACAACGGGGCUGGGGAGGUUGAGAACGAGGUGGGGAAGUGGGGGGCGGGGGGCGCGCGGGGAGCGCAGAGGGCCUGCUGCGUGCAAUUACAAAUGAGCCGCGAGCAGAGCGAGAGAGCCACAGUCGCUGUCCCGCCUGCCUCCAGACGAGGAGUGCGAAGGAGGAGCGGAGCCCUCGGGUUGGAGGGAGCCGGGAGGAGCGGGAAGCCCCGAGGAGGGCGAGGGGAGCGGGCGGCUAGGACGGCCAGGGGCUGUCCUUCUGCCAUCGCUCACCCUAUCACCACCCCCACCCCCGGACCCCGCUCCAGAGCAAACUCGGUCCCCGAGCCGGGGCCGGGGCCACAACCCCACGUCCUCGUGGCUGGAUGCAAAGCGGGAGGGGGCGGGGGCGCCGAGCGGAGCCCGAUCCCCAGCCUGGAACUGCGGGCUGCAGCCGAUGUGCGUGCGUGCCCGUGGCGGGCGGCAGACGGGCGGAUGACGGCGCUGCCCCGAGCCAGCGCGGCGGCAUUCCCAGGGGAUGGCCACAGGUGGCCCCUUGACUGGGGGCAGUGAUGAAUGAACUGGGGCUGAGUCAGAGGAGGACCAGAAACAAUAGCUUCCCCUGCUGAAGGACGGACACCCCCACCCACCCACUCACACUGCCUGCCCUUGAAUAGCAUGAUCUCCCGAAGAGGAAGGUCCUCUGGACCACCAAUGGGCCACUGAGCAGGCCACUGGUGACCUGCACGAAGAGAAAGAGGAAGGGGGUCAGAGUGGAGGCAAGCAAGCUUCCCCACCCAAGUCCCAACAUGUGGCUCCUUCUGGUUCACCUGGUACUGGCCUGGAUAGCAGGGGCUGCUGCCCCAGUGCCCGUGGUGCCCUGGAGAGUACCAUGCCCACCACAGUGCACCUGCCAGAUCCGGCCCUGGUACACUCCCCGCUCGGUGUACCGAGAGGCCACCACAGUAGACUGCAAUGACUUGUUCUUGUCCUCUGUGCCCCCGGGGCUGCCCAGCGGCACCCAGACCCUCCUCUUACAGAGUAACAACAUCGCCAGAGUGGAGCAGAAUGAGCUUGACUACCUGGCCAACCUGACAGAGCUUGACCUGUCCCAAAACGGCUUCUCCGAUGCCCGAGAUUUUGGCCUUCGGGCGCUGCCUCAGCUACUGAGCCUUCACCUGGAGGAGAACCAGCUGACCCAACUGGAGGAUGACAGCUUCGCUGGGCUGGCGAACCUUCAAGAACUCUAUCUCAACCACAACCAGCUUCGCAGAAUCUCCCCGGGGGCGUUCACAGGGCUGGGCAACCUCCUUCGGCUCCAUCUCAACUCCAAUCUGCUGCAGGCUGUGGACAGUCGAUGGUUCCAGGUGCUCCCGAGCCUAGAGGUCCUGAUGAUCGGAGGCAACAAGGUAGACGCCAUCUUGGACAUGAAUUUCCGGCCUCUGGCCAACCUCCGCAGCCUGGUGCUGGCGGGCAUGAACCUGCAGGAGAUCUCUGACUAUGCCCUGGAGGGGCUGCGGAGCCUGGAGAGCCUCUCUUUUUACGACAACAAACUGGCCCGGGUGCCCAAGAGGGCGCUGGAGCAUGUGCCUGGACUCAAGUUCUUGGAUCUGAAUAAGAACCCGUUGCAGAGGGUGGGACCGGGCGACUUCACCAACAUGUUACACCUCAAAGAGCUGGGGCUUAACAACAUGGAGGAGCUGGUCUCCAUAGACAAGUUUGCCCUGGUCAACCUCCCUGAGCUCACCAAGCUGGACAUCACCAACAACCCCCGGCUGUCCUUCGUCCACCCCCGCGCCUUCCGCCACCUGCCCCAGAUGGAAACCCUCAUGCUCAACAACAAUGCCCUUAGUGCCUUGCAUCAGCAGACGGUGGAAUCCCUGCCUAACCUACAGGAAAUAGGUCUUCACGGCAACCCCAUCCGCUGUGACUGUGUCAUCCGUUGGGCCAACACCACGGGCACCCACGUCCGCUUCAUUGAACCACAGUCCACUCUCUGUGCUGAGCCACCCGAUCUCCAGCACUGCCCUGUCCGGGACGUACCCUUCCGGGAGAUGACCAACCAUUGCCUGCCCCUCAUCUCUCCCCGAAGUUUUCCUCCAAGCCUUCAGGUGGCCAGAGGCGGGAACCUGGCCCUCCACUGCCGAGCUCUGGCUGAGCCAGAGCCAGAGAUAUACUGGGUGACUCCAGCUGGGAUGCGGCUGACUGCCACCCAGGCAGGCGGGAGGUAUCGCAUAUACCCUGAGGGAACGCUGGAGAUCCGAGAGGUCACUGAAGAGGAAGCUGGGCUCUAUACCUGCGUGGCCCAGAAUUUGGUGGGGGCUGACACCAAAUCAGUCAGCCUGGCUAUUGGGGGCUCCCUCCCUGGAAGCAGUGGUCUGGAGCGAGAGCUGGAACUGAGGGUUCAGGAAGUCCACCCGUAUCAUAUCCUGCUGCGCUGGGAGCCCCUCCCCAACACCAUCUCUACCAACCUUACAUGGUCCAGUUCCUCUUCCCUCCGAGGCCCAGGGACUACGGCCCUUGCCCGAUUACCAGGGGGCACCCACAGCUACAAUAUCACCCGCCUCCUCCAAGCCACUGAGUACUGGGUCUGCCUGCAGGUGGCCUUUGCUGAUGCCCACACCCAGGUGGCCUGCAUCUGGGCUAGGACUAAGGAGGCCAGCCCCCAACAUGGGGCCCUUGGGGGCCAUCUGGGGCUCCUUGCUGCCUUAGGGCUUUCUGCUCUGCUGCUAGCUGCUGGGCUGGCUGUUCACUGGGGCCCUUACCCUACUAGACCAAGUGGGCGGGUGGGUGGGAAACCUCUCCUUCCAUCCUGGGCUCCUUGGGGCCGGAGCACCCCUUCUGUCCGAGUGGUAUCACCCCCCUUUGUCAAGCAUUGGAAUCCAGGGAGGGAACCCACAAAACUUGCAGAAGGGGAGAUGGUUUUGCCAGUAAUCCUCCAUGAUUCCUGAAGUUCAACUUAUUCUUGGGGGCAGGGGAAUAACUAAGACUAUUUUUUACCAAAAGAGAAGAGGGCUGGACCAGACAUCCCACUGUAAAGAUGAUGUAGACCUACAACCUUAUGGCAUGGCAGCUGGACAUGGAUGGCCUGGACCCCCUCGGCCUCCUACCCCUCAAAACACUGCCACCGGUCCUCUGUGGGACCUCCCUGCUGCCUUCAUGAGGACACUUCCCAGGAGGAGGAAGUGCUCUGGCUAUUAACCUUUUCCCCACCACCCCCAUCCCAGCCUGUUAUCCCAUUCAUCUGGGAGUCCCUCCAGACUCAGCUUGGACCCUGGGCCCUUGGUCCUACCCACAUGCCCCCCAGGGAGCCUAGCUUUUCUUUUCUCCUCUGUACAGUUUCACUUGCCUGCUCUUACCCUCCUAGCCCUAGCUAGGGCUAGUAUCUCCUGCCCCCAGGGGUCUCUCUCUGAAGAGGAAGGGAGUACCUUGCAUCUGGGGGGACAUGGAGAGGAAGGGAGUACCCAGUGCACUGUGGGGGACCCUUAUCACCCCCCAGAUGUCCCCAGGACUAGGUCACUCUGGAGCUGACUUUGCAAACAAUUUUGUACCUUUGUGGAGAAAUAUAAUUCUUUCUCCCAUUUCUCCAAUUCACUCUAUUCUCCUAACUUGGAAAGAGGAAGGAAGGAAGGAAGGAAGGAAGGAAGGAAGGAAGGAAGGAAGGAAGGAAGGAAGGAAGGAAGGAAGGAAGGAAGGAAGGAAGGAAGGAAGGAAGGAAGGAUGUGGGGGGAAGAGGAAGGAGGAAAGGAAGAAAAGAGGAUAGGAGAAAGAGGGGAGAGAAAAUCUUUUGUAUUGCAGUGUACAGCUAGAUAAUUCCCUGUUCAGAAAUCACCUCUUCAAAACCAGUACAGAGAAGGCUGAGAUGAGACAGGGAAGAAGAACUAGAGAUAGAAGGAUUGGUUUUUCAUUUCAGUUUCCAAAAUUUGAUACUCUCAACCCUGCCAGUAAACACCCCACCCCCACCCCAAAUCCCUAGAAAUGAGGGACAGUACAGAGAGCCUGAUGCAAGAAAAGAGGGGGAGAAAAAUUGAGAAAGAGAACAAGGCUGACAGACAGAGAUGGGGUGGGAAACAGGGAGGGAGACAGGAAAUUUCCAUCCUUAAACAUUGUCACCCUUUCUUCUCUUAUAAGCAAUUAACAUUGCAAAUGCAACAUACCACUGCAUGGGAAGCACUUCCCAGCCUAUUUCUAAUUAAACAAACCUGAGAGCCUCCAAGAGACUUGAAAACCAUAAAACAGUCAGAAGUUUGACUCUGGGAGGGCAGGGGUAGGUAAUAUGAUGGGAGGUUUGGCAAGGGGAAGGAUGUGGGAUGAGGAAAUUACUCCAAUUAUCUUUUGGUUCAGCUUCUGUAUUGUUUGUAAUGAGCCCAACUUGCUUUUUGGUAUUUUUAUUUAUCUGAUUGACUUCUUAGGACCAAAUGUGAACAGGAACAUUUGUUGAUAACCCACUGUUAUAAUAGCAGUGCCAAUAAAGCAGGGAAAGGGGGCUGCUGUGGACCCCAUGAGAUCAUUCCAGGGAGGGAGGUGGUUGUGAAUGUUGCUUCUCUCCCAAGGUGGGGCAAGGGAGGCCCUGGUAUUCUUGAGCCUGAAAGGAAAAAAUACUGAAAUUGGAUCUCUCCAGAUAUCCAUAGUUCCCAGAACUCCCUGGGAAAAUUUCUCAUACACAUACCCUCUGGCCCAUUGGACAACCCUAGGAGGACAAAUAGACAAUUGGGCCCCACACUAUGCCUUUCCUUCCAUCUUAGCCCUAAACAUGUUCAUAGAAUUCAAGAUUGCUUUCAACUGUCCUCUGGAGAAGUCUUCUUCUCCCUUCCCUCCUCAUGCUGUCAGUUACUGGCAUUAAGACAGCCAGGGGACCAUCAGUCCAAGGAGGAGAAUUGGGGGCAAGUAGACACUGACAGAGGGAGCAUGUUUGAGGUACCUCCUCAGAUUCUAUUGGGUUGUUCCUGUACCCUUGCAUAGGAGCACAGAGCACUGACUACCAGGCUUCCCUGGGACAUCAACCAUUCUUUUUUUCCAUAGGAGAAUUUUCCAAAAGCCAUCCAGGGCUGGGGAGAAGAUUGAAUUAGUCCAUUUAUUUUUUCCUAGAAGGGGAAGGGAAGGUCUCCCACAACAUGGGAAAGUAGAACUAGGGACCAUAUCAUCCCCUAUUCCCUGACAACCAAGUGGUUAACCCAUGGUUACAAAAUGGAAAAAAGCUAUGGAGUCCUUAAAACCCUCUCACUCAGUCCCAACACUAUUCCAAAACCUCUUGUCUUAUCUAGGAGUGGUGCAGAAGCCCAACAGCUACAAAUGGGAGAACCUUGAAUUUAAGAGGAGAGACUGUUCAGUGUUUGAACCCAGUAAGAGGGCAUUAGAACAAGAUCAUGAAACGGAGUCUCCCAAAUUGAAGCGUUAACUUCUUCACUGCUUUUUUCUCACAUUCUCACCUCCCCCAGCCCUUAAACCUACACAGAGGUAGUAGGAACAUCUAAGAAGAUGGAGUAAUCAAAACCUGAAGAAAGGGAUCUGGGAACUUAAGCAUAGGAGAUGGAGUUCUAGGUAUACUACUCUCUAAGGAAGUGGUCUUUUUCCCUCUACUCUACUACUUAGGAGUGGAAAAAGGACAAUUUUUUAAAGGAAAUAUGGCUAACAUAAACAUUCUGAAAAUUACCCCUCCACCCCACCUUUCAAACACAGUUUUAAGUGAUUCAGCCAUUCUCUCAACCAUAGCCUGAACUGAAGAAGAGAGCUAGGGAGACUCUGAGGAAGUCCCACAUAUCUUUCUUAGAAAGAUGAAGCACUCUGAACACCAACUGAGGUUCCAUAUCCAUUUGGGAAGGAAGCAGUGAAAAGCAGACUGGCUUUCCCCAUUGUUCAUAAUCUGCUUCUUUCUCUGGAUGGAAUGAUCUUUUCACACAAGCUACCUUUCCCAAGGUGUUAAGCAAUGAAAGUUUGGACUGAGAUACUACUUUGAUGGGGGAGAGAGGGAGAUGGAGGAGUGGAUAUUGAGGUCCUAGAGAGCACGUGCUGAAGAUUUUUUGGCUGCUUGCAUUCAUCAUAAGGCUACUUGUUCCCCAACUUGUCUCUACCUGCUUUCCAUCCACCUGAGGCAGUGGAACUGGGAGCCAAGUUUCUAAGUCCUAUUGUAUUUUAUCAUCAGCCAAGGGAACUGGAGGUGUACCUCCACCUGGUCUCCUGGCUACCAAACUCCCUGCCUACCAUUUGGAGUCCAAUUUGGAGAGUCACUUUUCCAAAAAUGGCUGCUGCCUCCUCGUUAGGAGAGUUAUCACUAAUUGGAGUUCUUCCAAGAUCAACCCACUAACACCUAUUAGCCUCUCUUUUCUUCAGGAAUCAAAGAGAGAAACCACCAACUAAUAAGAAAGGAAGAUACUCAGACACUUCCUAGUGUCUGUCCCUGAGCAAGUCACUUACCCCCAUUGCCUAGCCCUUAGUACUCUUCUGCCUUAGAACCAAUACACAGUAAUGGUAAGGGUUUAAGACAGAAGGUAAAGGUUUAAAAAAAAAGGAAGAAGGAAGGAAGAUGCUCAGUGUCAGUCUGAAGCCAUGCUAGGAAUAUAAGGAAGAACACAAGAUACAUCCUUCAGGAGAUUUAACUUUCAAAUGAAACCCCAGUUCUGGAUGGAGCCUUUCACUGUGAUUGGGGGUCAGAAGGGGACAGAAAAGGGUACUUCUCUAUGGUACCCUUCCAACCCCACCCCUCCAGCCCCAUUGCAGCCCUCCAGUCCUAUGUGAGCCCCUCCCACCACACUACAACCAAUAUCUAUGUAAUAAUAACAGCAAAAACCAUAAAGUGAGUAGAACCAAUAUUAGUCCUGUUUUACAGAUGAGGAAACUGAACCUAAGUGACUUGGCCAAGAUCACACAAUUGAGCUCAAUCCCAGAUCUUUGGACUCUUUAAUGCCCUUUUCAUGAUGCCACAUUGUGUCCAGCUCAGUCCUUGUGUGAGAAACUAAAGGGAAUAUUAAAGCUGAAGAGGGAUGGAGCCUCUGAUCUCUAGGGAGUUUGUCGCUUCAGUUCUCAGAAGCCCCUCACUGACUUUCCUAGUCUUCAGUGUAUUGGAAUUACUAACCUUCAGAGUGGAUGGCUUUCCAAGAACUGAAGUUUCACCUCCCCCUCACUUCCCAGCACACAGUUUUGAGACUACGAUUUGGUCUCUCAUGAUCUGAAAUUCAAAGCACCAACCCUGAGAACACAGUCAUAGCCUAAUCUUAGCCACUUCUGAGUCGGAGACAAGUAAAGCCUUGUGAGGAGGAAGGAGACAACUUGAACCUAGGAAGAGUGAUCCCAAGCUUUGGGGGAGGGGUGCAAUAUUUAGUAUCAUCAUAGAGCUUAGAGCUAGAAAGAAUCUCAAGAGUGAUACAGGGAUGAACACCAAGACCACAGGCAGAAGGGAAAGAAAGUAAAGGGAAAUUGAAAAGGCAUUUAUAUAGUACCUACUAUGUGCCAGGCAGACUGCUAAAUGCUGCAGUGGAUUGUGUGUCAGGCCUGAAGUCAGGAAGAAUCAACUUCAUGAGCUCAAAUCUGGCCUCAGUUACUUCCUAGCUGUGUGACCCUGGGCAAGUCUUAACCCUGUUUGCCACAGUUUUCUCAUCUGUAAAAUGAGCUGGUGAAGGCAAUGGCAAACCACUCUAGUACCUUUGCCAAGAAAACCCCAAAUAGAGUCAUGAGAGCUGGACACAACUGACAACUGAGCAACAACAACAAUAAUAUGUGCCACAUCUUGUGCUAAGUGACCUAAUCAGUCCCCAGACCUUGACCCUGAAUCAUUGGGAGGUUGUUUGUGAUUAAAGCUCAUUAAGGAAAAGGAGGGCAUCAUAGUAGGCUAUCUCCAAUCACAGAGCACAGGGGUCAUAAGUAAUUCUGCACUAUAUUUAGAAGCAGAGCAUCUGGGUUUGACUUCUGACCCUGUUGCUAACUGAUCCUCUGCAAGUCCCUCUUUCCCUCUGGCCCUUCGUUUCCAUAUUUGUAAAAUGAAGGCUUCAAGGUAGGUGUAGAACCUCAUAUCAUCGGCUCUAACCUGCUGGUGGUGUUGUUUCACAGACAAAGGGAGGGAGUUUCAGACAGGAUAGGAGCACUUGCCCAGAGCCACACUAUUCAUAGAGCAGUCUAGACUAGUGUCUUAACUUCUUGCCCUGCUUUUUCCAAUGGUUUCACCAGUGAACAAGGAGAACUUGUCAACCUCAAAGUGCCAUGCAAAGGUAGCAUGAUGAUUGCUGUGGGAUGCCUCAUUUCCUAAAGUAACUCUUCUGCCACAGGUAAUUGCUGGGGGUUAAAGGAAGUGAAUGAGCUCCUGCUUCUAAAAGAUGGAAGAUGAAACACAACUUAUAGAAACAGAAAAAAAAAUCAGGUCACAGGUCAGACCCUUGUUAGCAAAUCAAUGGCAUGAUGCUGGAGCCUACUGGAGGGAGGCUGCCUCUCUCCCCCUCUCCAGCCCAAAAGCUGAGAACAUUUCUCACAUGACCUUUGCCCCAUAGCCCAAUGGGAGUGAUUCCUCCCUCCCCUAUCUGGGGUAAAGUGGGGGGGGGGCUCACAGGCAGCACGAGGGUUACAACUUGGGCACUUGGUCUCUAAAAGGUUUGUCAUCACUGGGUUAGACCAGAGCAGGUGGGAAGGAAGAGGGAGACCCUUAUGUAGAAAGUGGAUGGAAAAGAACAAGAAGAUUAAUCUUCAUGAGUACUACAGUCAAAACAUUUUAGUAAUGAGUCUCUUUGAACUCCUCUCUGAGCCUCAGACCUUGCCAAUUUGGUGGGACAUCCUGGAGUUGGUGCUUUGCUGAGUUUGCUUUUGAGAACUUGCCAUGCCACAAAGGGGUAUUGGAGAUGGAUCUAAGUAGAAAUUUUUUAGUUCUAGAGAUGCCCUUGAAGCACGUGUCUCCUGUUCAACGUAGACAAGGCUCUUCCAAGAUCUAAAUCCUGUUUCCUUGAGAGAGAAUAUCUUGUGCAGUCCUCAGAAGCUUCUGAGAUGAUGGCUUUUAAGCUACCCUGUCUUGCCUCCUCCUUGAUCAAUUCAUGGGAUCAAAGAAUAAUAGACCUGGAAGGAACAUUGGGGAAUACCUAACCCAAUCUCAUUAUUUUACAGAUAGGAAAACUGAGAAUGAGGUAUGAGAAUUGACUUGUUAGUGGCAGAAUCAUAAUUCCUGACACCCUAUCCUUUCCACUAUAACUAUGGCUGCCUCCUUCAUCUCCCUCCAAGACCCCAUAGAAGAACCCUCCUGAGGCUACUAGGUCCUGCUCCCUGCCCAGGAGGCUUCAGAGAAUGUGAAAGGGAGCAGGAAGGCCUAGUGGACUACUUCCAUUUUAAGCUCAAACUGUAUGUUUGAGCACCCUCUAGUGCAGCACUGGUGAAGGUUUUCAAGUUUGUAUGCCCAAACCACAACUUCAAGCUGCCUAUGAGCUUCCCCAGCCCAGAGAGUAGAGGGAGGAAGUGCUCAAUUUGGGCAACUGGGCAGAAAGGUGGGACAUGCAAAAAAUGUCCCCCUGCACUAGGAAGAGAGGGAAGGAAUCAGCUCUCCCAGUUCUGGCUUGGCACACGUGCCAAUACUUCACCAACACUGCCCUGGUGCUACUCCUUUAGGAAGCCCAAACUGGUCCCAGGUCUUGACCCCAAAUCAUUGUGAUGAAAUAUAGGAUUAAGGUCCAUUAAGGAAAUGGAGGACAUAGCAGAAGGCUGUCUCCAAUCACAGAGCACAGGGGUCCCAACUAGUUUUGACUGAUCUGUGGUGACAGGGCCCCCCCAAGGACUCUUCCAGAGAGCAAAUAUGUCUGAAGCCCUAGAGAUGCUGAAUAUAGGGAAUUAGUUAAUGAAAGGAUCCUGUCUUUUACUCUAGAUUCAAUGGAUACAUUUUUCCAAAACUUAAUGGGAUCAUAGUCUUAGAAUUGAAAAAGGUCUUUCAGUCCCAUCAUUUCACAGAUGAGGAAAUAAGUCCAGAGAAGUUGUCAAUCAUACAAAGACACACAAAUAGUUAAGUAGCAGAGCCAGCUCAGUUUCUCGGAUGUCAAAACCAAUAUGCAUUCCACUAUGCCAUGCUGCCUCUUUUCCUAAAAUCAUUAUGAAUGAUUUCUCUACCAUUGCAGAUGGCAGCCCCUCCUUGUCUUGGUAACUAAUCUUCAUGAGUUACUACAGUCAAAACAUGUUAGUAAUGAGUCUCUUUGAACUUAGCCUCCCUGAGCCUCAGACCUUCCCAAUUUUGUGGGACAUCCUGGAGUUGGUACUUUGCUGAGUUUGCUUUUGAGAACUUGUCAUGCCACAAAGGGAUAUUGGAGAUGGAUCUAAGUAGAAAUUUUUUCCAAAGCUAGGGGCACUAUAGGGGGAAUAAAAUAAUUUCAGAGAUUUCAUUUGCAAUAUUAAUGCUCUGCCACCCCACUCAGCCCUAAAAAUGCCUUCCUAUUAGCCUCUUCCAAUCCCCACCCCAACUAGUUACCUCACAUCUCUUAGCACCCCGCCCUUGACCACAUCAGGGUACAUUCAGCCAGUUGACAUCAUGUAUUAACUGUGUGCCCAGAAUUGUGCUAGUUGCUAUGGGGGAUAAUAAAAAGAGGAUAUGACCCUUGCCCUCGGGGAGUUUAACACCCCACUUCUUUUGGAGACCUCUUGCCAGCCCCUCUUUGGUUUUCAGUGACUUUUUGGUCCAACCACAGUGGGUAUGCUGCAAAUAGAUUCAGAGAACUGAUGCUUCUCUCCCCCUUUGCCAUGUACACAGCAUGGUGAAUGACAUCUUCAUCUUUGCUUCAUGGUCUUCAGUUCCCAAACACCAUCUGCCAGGAUCUAUUUUAAGUUCCUAAUAAAACUGUUUUGGAAUGAA